GGGAGAGUCUCUAGCUGGGAGACACACACAGAGAGACACUGCUGCAGGGACAAAGGCAUAUGAGACUCUUCCCAGAGACAGACACUAUUUGGAUUAAUAGGUCCCCUCAUGCUGCGUUCCCCAAAGAGAGCUGAUCAGUCACCCUGAGUGCUGGACAAGUCUUAUCUGAGCUCUGGAGUACCCCACUGCAGGUCAGUGCUGGGCUACACUUACUGUGAAGACUAGAGGCAUGGAUAUUACAUAAUCAGCUAUUAUUCUACAAGAUUGGCUGUGACUAUUAUUAUCAUUAUUUUUUACAAAUGCGUGUCUUGGAAAGUACUGUUGAGAAAAUCAUGGAUGAAUCAGCCUUAUUGGACCUCCUAGAGUGUCCAGUAUGUCUGGAGAGACUAGAUGCCACCGCUAAAGUCUUGCCAUGUCAACACACGUUCUGCAAACGCUGCCUGUUGGGUAUUGUGAGCUCUCGGAGUGAGCUGCGGUGCCCGGAGUGCAGAACACUGGUGGAAUGUAGUGUGGACGAACUUCCGAGCAAUAUUCUACUGGUUAGACUUUUGGAUGGAAUCAAACAGAGGCCAAGGAAACCCGGGGCAGGCGGAAGCGCAGGAAAUAGCACAAAUGCAUUACGAGCACAGGUCAAUAUUACUACUAACUGUGGCACAAACGAUUCACCGAGUAAUCAAACUGGUCAGCAAAAGAUACAAGCGCGGAGCCCUCCAGUGCGGGGUGUACCUCAUUUACCAUGUGCCAAAGCCUUGUACAACUACGAGGGAAAAGAACCUGGAGAUCUCAAGUUUAACAAAGGUGAUAUCAUCGUGCUUCGCCGUCAGGUUGACGAGAAUUGGUACCACGGAGAAAUUAAUGGCGUGCAUGGAUUCUUCCCCACUAACUUUGUGCAAAUCAUAAAGCCUUUACCUCAGCCUCCACCUCAAUGCAAAGCACUUUAUGACUUUGAAGUUAAAGACAAGGAAGCAGACAAGGAUUGUCUACCCUUUUCAAAGGAUGACAUUCUAACCGUUAUACGCAGAGUGGAUGAAAACUGGGCAGAAGGAAUGCUGGGAGACAAAAUAGGAAUAUUCCCAAUUUCCUAUGUAGAGUUUAAUUCAGCAGCUAAACAGCUGAUUGAGUUGGACAAGCCAUCAGGAGGGGACUCUGGGGAAGGCACUUCUGGGUCAGCACACAGCAGUACUUCCCAAAAGCAAACUGAUGCCAAGAAAAACACAAAAAAGCGCCACUCCUUUACUUCUCUCACCAUGUCCAACAAGUCAUCGCAAUCUGUUCAGAACCGCCACUCCAUGGAAAUAAGCCCACCUGUACUCAUCAGCUCCAGCAACCCAACUGCCGCUGCCAGGAUAAGCGAACUCACUGGCCUCUCAUGCAGUGCCCCAUCUCAGGUCCAUAUCAGUACGACAGGGCUCAUUGUGACCCCGCCCCCUAGCAGCCCUGUUAUAAGUGGGCCUUCAUUUACAUUCCCACCGGAAGUCACCUACCAAGCUGUUUUGGGAGAUCUGAAUCCUCCUCUUCUUCCUCCUCCACCUUUGGCUGCUACUGUUAUUGCUUCCACAUCGUCUGGAGCUACAUCUACUGCUUCACAGAGACCUGUAAGUGGACCUACUGAGCAAGUAACUCACCUGAGACCGUCUACAAGGCCAAGCGUGUACGUCGCAAUAUAUCCUUACAUCCCACGGAAAGAAGAUGAGCUUGAGUUAAGGAAGGGUGAAAUGUUUUUGGUUUUUGAACGUUGUCAGGAUGGUUGGUUUAAAGGAACUUCCAUGCAUACCAGUAAGAUUGGUGUCUUUCCUGGAAACUAUGUUGCGGCAGUGACCAGGUCGUUAACAACCUCCACCCAAGCAAAAGUUGCCGUGUCAACUGCUGGAGCAAGCGGACAGUUAAUGAGUAUGGUAGCACCAUCUCCUGCAGGGGUCUCGUGCCAAAAAAUUCAAGGGAACGGAGUGGAUUACAACAAGUCUAAUGGGGUUCCCCCAGCCAUUAUAUCAGGAUCUCAUGUCCAAACGAGUCCACAGACAAAAGUUCUGAUGCACAUGAGUGGCCAAAUGACAGUUAACCAAGCCCGUAAUGCCGUACGAACAGCUGCUGCACACGGCCAGGAGCGGCCCACAGCGGCAGUCACCCCCAUCCAGGCUCAGAAUUCAUCUUGCCUUAUCCCAGCCGCUGUCGUCAUCCCCCAUCAGCCUGUACCUUCCCAGCAGAUGACACCUCAGAUUUCCAGUUCAUCAGCUUAUAUCAAUGCUGCCAUGAAUAUCAGCAGGCCCAGUGUGCCAUUGGCUACAGCUUCAACUUCUUCCAGCAUAACCGCAACCUCUUCCGAGGGAGAUUCCAGUUGGAAACCUAGCCCUGUAUUGUCAGGCACCUCAUCUUCUCCUGAUAACACCUCUAUGAGCUCUGCUGCUAAUAAGCAAGAUAAGGAUAACAAGAAAGAAAAGAAAGGUUUACUUAAGUUAUUGUCUGGUGCAUCCACCAAAAGGAAGCCUAGAGCGUCUCCUCCUCAGUCCCCAACUCUAGAACUGGAACAGGGCGCUUCCGAGGCAGCUUUAGAGGGGGCUGUGGGUCCAGACAUUCUUUCAGCAGCAAACAGCAGCAGGACAGCGGAUUGUGAUUCAGCAUCUUCUACUGCUAUGGCACAGGAGAACCGCAAGAUUCAUUUGGUGGAUCCCAAUGUACCUAUAGCACCUCCACCGAGACAGCCUUGCUCGUCACUGGGCCCAGUACUUAAUGAUACACGACCUGUGGUUUGUGAAAGAUACAGAGUCGUGGUGUCGUAUCCUCCCCAGAGUGAGGCCGAGUUAGAACUAAAGGAAGGGGACAUUGUUUUUGUGCACAAGAAGCGUGAAGAUGGCUGGUUUAAAGGAACACUACAGAGAAACGGAAAGACUGGCUUGUUCCCGGGCAGCUUUGUGGAGAACAUUUAACUCUUAAAUUCAUUGCAGAGUUCAUGAAUGAGCACAAACAUAGUAACAAGUUGACAGUGCAGCUGAUUGUUUCACUGAGCAACUAGCCAACAGCACUGACAGGGUUAAAGAAUGACACUUAAAGAAACAUUAUACCCACUGUCCUGUCCAAGAACAAAUGAUUUAGACAUGAUUGACACAUCUGCUGAUUCUCUACAAACCUGCAGUUUCUUUUCUUUUUGUAAUUUGUGCCUUGUAUUGUUAAGUUUACUCCAUUUUUAUUUUAUUUUCCUAACAACAAAUAAACCAUUGUUUACAAGGCUUUAGCUAAUAA